GCCCGUCGAUACCGCGGCAGCAGCGAGCGACUCGUCCGAGUCGACGCGCUCCAAGAACGCAAAUCAGUUUACCAACACGCGAACGACUAGACCACCGUUCCGUCGUGCUGCGCUAGUGGCGGCGGGAAAGCGACUGCUUCUUUUUAUAUACACACCCGUGCGACCUCCGCUACGAAUUGAUCACUGCCAAGUUCAGCGGAACAUACACCCCGCCUCGUGGAGUGUGUGUGUUUGUGUGUGGGGUUUUUUGUGCGUGGGGUAACAGUAGCUUGCGAUGCCCAGCAACAUCUGACAUCGCUGCCGUCGCGUUGCCAUCAUGAGCGUGUUCUUCGCGAGCAUGGACAGCGCUUCGCACGACACAAGGGCCCUGUCGGGCUACGAGAAGUCCUCGUCGGCUCCGACGACGCCGACGGAGACAGCCAAGGUAACCUCGCAUGGCGGCGGAAGCGUCUCGGCGCUCAAACGCCGCAGCAAGGGACAUCGCGUCAACUUUCCGACCGACGAUCGUAUCGUGACCGGCUACGUCGAAGCGCCCAAUCCCUGGAGCAACGCGUUGUCGAAGUCCGAGGAUCUCUUGGAAGCGUACCGAACUUCCUGCACCAAGCACGGGGUGGAGCCACUCACCAGGCUGCUUCAGCAACUUCAGUCGAUCACAAUAUUUGGUGACCGGACACAAGAUCUCAACCUCAAAGGGGAGAGGCUAGAUGCACGGCACUGUGAAGCUAUGGAAGACAUUUUCAAAGUUGUACAGUUCGACAGCAUCAGCCUAGAAGCGUGCCAUUUGGACGAUGAGGGUGCAGCAACCGUGUUCGACAUGAUAGAGUACUACGAGUCUGCCAGGAGACUCAACAUCUCGCACAACAGGAACAUAGACUCGAGAGGAUGGCAGGCUUGCUCAAGAAUGCUCAAAAAGACUUCCUGCCUGCAGCACCUCGACGCGAGGAACACGGCGCUGAGUGAGCAGACGCUGCUCAUCCUGGGGAGGGCACUCCGGCUAGGAUCUCACCUGCACUCGCUGCACUUGGAAAACUGCUCCCUCACGGGGCGCUCCUUAGUCAUUCUCGUGGCUGCCCUGAAGCUGAACCCUGCCCUGAAGGAGCUGUACCUGGGGGAGAACGGGAUGGGCUGUGCAGACGGGCUUCAGCUUGCCAACCUACUCAGGGCAAACUCUCGUCUUGAAUACCUCGACCUCCGGGGGAACAAUCUCCAGGACGUCGGCCUGUCCCACCUGUCCGACGGAAUGGCCCAGCAGCCGGACCAGGCCGACGUCGGGCUUCGAACCCUGGUCCUCUGGAGCAACCACAUUUCGCCCGCCGGCAUGAGGCACAUGUCUCGAGCCCUGAUAGCGACACGAUCCCUGAUCACACUGAACCUGGGCCACAACCACGUGGGGGACGACGGCCUGCACGUGCUCAGGGAGGCCCUGAUGAGGAACAAGACCCUGUGCAACCUGGGACUGCAGAACACCCGCAUCACCUGCGAGGGUGCCAUAGCAUUGGCAGAGUUCAUAGCCGACAGCCAGAAGAUUGCCCGGUUGGACUUGCGGGAAAACGACAUAGGCAUGGGUGGUCUGAUGGCUCUGUCACAGUCCCUGCGGCUUAGUAAGAGCGUCACCCGGCUUGACUUGGAUCUGGUCAAGACUGAAAAGGACGAGGAGGAGGAGGAGGAGAACGACGCUUUACAGGAGCACCGGAAGCUCCUCUUGGAGAUUGGCGAGCAGUGCCGCCGCAACAAGAGGCUCCUCCGCAUGGCUUCCCUGCCCAGCAUCUGCAACGGCAUCUCCGGACCGACUGCCCCCACUGCCGCCGCCGCAAACAUACCCAACUCUGUCGGCGUGGCCGGCGCCGUCGGCGCAACUCCUCAGCGGCCGCCCUUCCACACGAGUCUCUCCGUAAACGCGGUCACCGGAGGCAGCGCUACGCCGUCGAGCCCCGGCGGAAGCCGCUUCCGCGUGUCACGCGUCUGCCUCGAGGCGGAAUCCGAGAACGGGUCGGAUUCGGCGUCGUCCCUAAACAGGGCGACCGUCGACAUCCGUGGCGGAGACCUGGUGACCUUUGAGCGCUCCAACAGUGCCCCGGCGGCCGUGCCAUCUCGUUUUACCGUGACGCCCGUCAACGGGUUCGGCGACGCGGGCGGAGCGAAGACGACGAAUGACGUUGCAGAAGUUGGAGAGAACGAGGCGAACGGCAACAACAACCUCGAGAGCGAGGUCAACCACAACGGCGACGAGGCGGACGAAGAGGAAGAGGACUUCGUCGGACACGCGGUCUCGAAGCCCGUCGCCAUCGCGGCUUGCGGUGGGGAUGCGGAAGAAGACGUGGAAGAGUCUACGGAAGACAGGGGGAGUCUGGAGGUGCCGGCGUCCUCGAUGCUCGGAAGGACGAGUCCUCCGUGGUUCAUGUAUCCCUCCGUGUCAUCGGCGCCGCUGAAGAACGACGUGACGACGGUGACAGCGGGACCGGAGCGCAAGCGGAAGAUCAGCUUCAAGCUUCCCGACGGAGCGUCGGAGGAGGACGCGGAGGGAGGGGGACGCAGCUGCUUUUCGUCGAAGGCGCGCAACGACCGGCGGAUGAGCACGCCGGCGAUGCCGGUUUCUGGAGUGGCUGCCCGGAAGAAGUUGACGUUCAAGUUGUGCAAGCGGCUGGAAAGCCUCGAUCUGCGCAGCACGGUGCCGCUGUCACCCACGCGGUUGCUCGAGGGUUGGGCAUUCCCCGAACCCUCCGUCGACUUUAAGUUCCCCACCGAGUGAGCAGGAGGAGUACGUCGUCCUCCCGGCCAAAGGGCUGGACUUGUGAGACUUGAGAGCCUUCCCUGCGUGGCAGCCAAUGGUGCACAGUCGUUCACCCACGUUCCUAAGGCCCCGGGUGGCGGACACUUAAGUUAUUUCGGUUUGUGCGUCGACCACCGGUGAUGUCGCGCGUCUCCUUCUCUGUCCGCGUGGUGUUGGUCUAAGGUGCUUUCAUGUGUGGCGUGCUUUUUUGCCGGCCGUGGUACUGCUAUGGCGAUGUUGCAUUAUAGUCUGUUGCAGGUUUACAUUUGUAGGACGAGCCCUCCCCACGAAGCUCUCUGCUUGCCUUGACUGGUGGUUUCCUCCUUUCCUCUUGCCCCCUCUCCAGCGUUCGCUCUGCUGAAGUGGCAAGAGUUGAGAGCUUUGUGGAGAGGGCACUUGUGUUACCUUUUUUAAAGGCCGACGACCAGACUCGAGAUUCUGCAAGGCAGAAGAUCCUCCUCACCAUGACUGAGGAGGAAACAGGCAACGGUGAACCGCUUAGAAGGGGGAGAGGAGGAGGCAAAAAAAAGUGGAAAGUGCGAACUGGUCGUCGGUCUUUAACCUGUAACAGACAAUGGUAUCCACACUCUUAAACGUGGGGUCGCGUUUCCUUUGGCUGUUUCGAGCUUUUUUGUAGCGCUUGCCACGUCGUUUUACUUGCCACCGAUCUCACUUUCUUUGUAUCUUUUUUUUUUAAAGUUCUAACCUCUGCAGCAGUGCCUCCUUGUUCCAGCUAUGCUCCAAGAAUGUUCUGGCAUCGCCAAAGAAACGUCUUGCGUUGUCGUCGCAGACGACAAUGCAUUGAGGGUUUAGCCGAAAUUGAAAUUUGCGAGGAAUGGUAGAAGCAAUAAUUGCACCCGAGUGCCCCCUUCGAAGUUUACUGUCAUCCUCCCCCCUCUUCUCGACCCUUUAUAUGGUCACAGUAUUUUCAAUGCGUCGAAAGCUGCUAACUUUCCAGUUGACUGCAUCGUUUAGCAAGAAUGUUUUAGGGCAGGCGUUUCCAAACGUUUUGGCUAAGGGGCCAGCUUUGGGGAUCUGUCUCGCAUACUACAGUAACUAUAAAAAAAAAUUAUAAGGUAGAUGAAUGCAUAUACUUUAUUUUGAAAUUCAAUUUGUAUAAUUAUGACAUUACAAAAUAAUUGUGAGCCACAAAACUCACCAGGCAUAAAUCGAAGUGCGUAGGAACUUCGUCAUAUUCACACAGGGCAGAAGACUAAUGAGGAAGGCGUUUCCAAACGUUUUGGCUAAGGGGCCAGCUUUGGGGAUCUGUCUCGCAUACUAGAGUAACUAUAUAAAAAAAAUAUAAGGUAGAUGAAUGCAUAUACUUUAUUUUGAAAUUCAGUUUGUAUAAUUAUGACAUUACAAAAUAAUUGUGAGCCACAAAACUCGCCAGGCAUAAAUCGAAGUGCGUAGGAACUUCGUCAUAUUCACACAGGGCAGAAGACUAAUGAGGACGGUGGACCUGAUGAUGACAAUAGGCAAUAGUUAUGACACAAGACUCUAAGCACAGUAUACAAGAGAACGCAAAGAAAUUUUAGGGCAGUUACACAGACGUGAAACGGGGGACUUGGAAUGGUGGUGCUGGUGAACGGGGAACAAUAAAUAUUAUGGUGAGAGAACCCUACUUUCAAUGCAGUUUUCACUCAUUUUUUCCGAUAUCUUCGUUUGCGCUUUUGGUGCGUGUUCUCGGCGCCGUUUCUUUAUGCGGGCUUAUUUCUGCGUUGGCAGCAGUGGGCCGCGGGCCAGGCGUCACUGCCAAGCCUGCAGCCAUCUGCAGGCCAGCCACAAGGCCUAGGCAGGCCGGGCCUGGCCCACGGGGCAGCAAAAGGGCAGCAAUUAUUCGUGCCAUGGCACCUCACUUUUUUUUCCUACAUCCGUGGAUUUAUGUUUGAUGUGAUGUCCAUAUUACUAAGUUACAAUUUUGUUUAAGUGCACCGUUCCCAUUUGCUUCAUCGCUAUUGUUUCAUCAGUUGAGGGAAUCUAAGUGGCCUGGGGUUUAGAGUUUCGCUGUAGGUAUAGUUUGAUUUAGUUUUGUGAAGCACACCGAAGUUUAACAUUUAAUCAUCGAACAGGUGCUCUUCUCUAAGUGGCAGCAUUGUAGCGGGGCAUUUCGUUAACGUUGUGUCAUGUUCUUUGUUUUGUUGGUUGUACUUUUUUUGUUCACCAUGAAGGCACCUUUGAUACUAGUAUGUACAUACUUCCUCCCAUUUCCCAUUCCUCAUGUUGAUAUGUGCUCAUGUGCAUUUCAUGUGCUUUUUUAAAAAGAUACGUGAUCAGUGUCACCUUUUCAGUCCUUCAUAAUGGUCAUGUUUCGGUGUGUUUGUUUGUUCCAAUUAAAUUUUUUUGUUUUAGAGUUUUAUGCAAUAUUUUAUUGUAAGUAACUGAUGCAACCUACUGUUUAAGGAUGGUGGGGAAAAAAAGAAACGGAUGACAGAAAGGCAUUUAGAUUUUUAUGACGCGACAUUUACGACGUGACAUAUGCGAAAGUUGUAGAAGUUGUAGUUGGAUCUUCCAGUUUCGAGUUAAUGUUAUUUCUAGUUUGAAAAGCGUGCAGGGAAAAUGUUUAAACACGGUUGGUGUUCUCAAAGCAUUUGAGGGGCUUAACAUCAGUGUACAAGCUAAGAUCUCUGCAGAGGCAACUAAAGUUCUGAAGUGUUUGCGUCUUCUCAUUUUUUUUAUGUUUCAAGAACGUUAAAACUUCUACAGAAUGUUGUUGACCAACUCAAGGUCACUUUGUUGAAAUAGUAAAGCUACUUUCUGAGGCAACUUUACCUAUGCUUAUAAUCAACGAAAAGCCCUUUUACGGAUAAUACUACAAGAAGGAAUAAUUUACCGACAUUAGGGAAACACUGUGUUCACAGAGUGUGUACUGUUUCAUAGUUUUCGAACAUGUUUAGAAUCAGUGCCACAAAAGAGAUGGCAUAGAGCAUUUGUUGACUAGAAGUGCCGGGUGUGCCGAGAGUAUUUUCUAUCUGAGACUAUACAAGUUGUCCCUCGCUAGUGGCGGGAGCAUUGUUGAGGCAGUUCUAGCCUGUUAGUAACGUGGUAAAACGUUCUCAUCACUGCACCGGGAGUCAGCAAUAGCGGUUUGACUCAUUCACUUGUGCUCGGUUACAUUUAGAACUGCCGUAAUCAUUUCCUCCAUUUAAAAGUAAAAUGUCACAAAAAAUGCUAGAACAUAAUUUCUUUUUUUUUUUUUUGUAGGUUGUAGACUUUUUUUUUGUACUUAUACAUAGUAUAUCAGUAUAUCAGAUCAAAUUUUCGAAGCAAGAACUUCUGUUUGUUUCCUGUUUGUUGAGAUUUGUAAUAGAACUGUUUUGUUUUUUUGUUUGAAUUGAAGGAAGGACCUGUUUUAGAAUGCAAGUUAGCUCACUUUUUUUUAAGUAUAAGUUUAAUUUUUGUAUGAUAAUGUUAAUUUUGUACUUAUUAAAGCCGGGCGACAGUGAGCCAAGGUGUCUGCCACGCUCUCGAAGCCCAGUCAUUACACCGUUCAUUUUAGGUAGUCUUGUCAUUAAGCUAGGGGCCGCAUGCUGGACUUUUAUCGACAUUGCAAAUGUAUCACAUCUGCGUCUGUGGGGAAGUGCUUUCCGAAAGAACAGCAAGCUGCGCCUUGUUGGGAACGCUAAACGCGUUUUGCAGUUUGGACGGCUGAUGGCAUUGCGUCUACCCUAAAAUACCGAGCAUCCGCCCAUCGCACAAUUUUGUGACAUUCGAGAAAUACACAAAAGGACAUAUCUCUACACAUUGUUGACCUAAGGAGUGCCCAUCCCCCAGUUUUACACGAUUACCUCCAAAUUUCGAGCGGACGUUUGCUCGGGAUUUUACGGUACCUACGUGGUUUUCCGAACAUCCAUUUUCCGAGUAGCACGGACCUGGAGUUUCAAUAUUGCUCCAACAUAGCCCAAGCUUGCCGAGAUCCGAUCGAUUUCGGCUCGAGACGCGGCCUAAGCUCUCAAUCGCAGUUUUCCUCUGGCCGUCGGCAACGUUGAAAGAGGAGAUGCCGUUCCUUGCUUGUUUCCGAUACUUUCGAAGAAAUGUUGUCUUUGUCGAAGUAGACUCGAAUAGGCUGCUUUUAAUCACUCGUAGAAGGACUUUGCAACUAGAAAGCAAUUCUCUUACAGCAGCCAAACAAUAUCGCUCUUUGUCAAACACGCGACGUAGCCGUGUUAACCGUACUCUACGCUAGAUUUGGUGUUUCAUGUUACGCCCUGUGCAUAGCAACGGAUGUUGAUAAUUUAGCCUCGUGAUAUCUAUGCCUUGUGAUUGGGAUGACGUAUCUUAAAGGGACCGUGAAACGAUUUUGCAAGCUUGAAUAAGGAUUGGGACAAACCCUUGCAGCUUACAGUAGAGAGCACACUUCGACCUUUGUUCAGGUGUGCUUGUUUGUGUCUGAAAUAUUAAUGGAAAUUUCAGUAUUACUUUUUUUUUACGCUUUACUGUUGAAAAGGGAAACAGGAUUAUGUGAUGCAUGUGGGACAUCAUGGGACUGGACUGAGAGGUUCUCCUCUCAGCGCCUCCUGUAUUCUUCUACAGUUUCCUUACGUUGCUCGCUGACUGUAACCAAGUAUUCUCCUCUCUGAAAUUGAGAGAAGCACGGGAUUCAUUCUUUACAGUGGAUGCUAUAUAACACUGUGAUGAAUAAAACCUUUUGGCCACAUUGAACGAGUAUGUGACGGAAUAAAGGUUCCUGAACUUCUUUCCUUUGGCCUCCGGAAUUAAUUCGCUAUUUACUGUCCGAUCAUACCGCGAUACGUAAAGGUUUUAUUGGAAGUCGGUUUGUGUCCUUGUAGUUGUGCUUGCCCAAAAUCAGUUCAUGGUCCCGUUUAAGGUGGUGUGAGUGAAAAGAGCUUUAGCUGCAAAAGGCUAUGAUCUCGGUGCAGCUCUGUCAAAAGCAGUGACCAUUUAAACACCGACACUUAUUGUUGAUAAAGCUAUUUUGUGUGUGGUCUUGUAAAACUGUGAUAACAAAAUUGAAGAUAAAAUGAACUUUGAAAAAGUAAUGUUUUCAAUAUUUCCAAACUGGCAGCACAUUUACUUUUUUGGUGUCUAUUUCUUCCCACUGUGAUUGGUUUUGAUGUUUAAUUGUUUGGUACCGCACCAGCAUCUUUUUAUGGGUCACUUUUAAAUUUGCUCAGGUUUGAAUUUGUUUGAAGGUUAUGUUUUCGUCCAUCAUCCGUGCAACUUUUUUUUUCUCGGAUUUCCACUUUUGUGCGUCGAACCUUUUAGUGUCUGCUGUUUUAUUACUUGAAUCAUCGCCAGGCCUGGUGUAAGAAUAUUUCCCUGUGUUUAAAGAAAUUGCACCAUUACUUCAAAAGGUGCGAAGUGAAAAAUCAUUCUCCGUUCCCACAGCAUCUGAUGCACAUGAAGCCAGUGUAAUAUUUCUUGUGGCUCUGCAACGCAGGGAUUGUUGUUUUUGUUUUUCACGGCAUGGUCAUACUCAAUGACUGGUUCAUUCAGCGUCAUUGGCGGUAUUGCAUACAGGUACUGACUUGUGGAUAGAAACAUGGUCGCUGGCACACUGGCACCUACACAAAUGACCCGUGAGUAAAGAGGAGUUGUUUGAGAGUUAAAGGAUGCCAUGGUCAAAGGUUAGAGACGAAAGGAUUUGCUCUCCUGGAUAGGUACACGGCCAAUAAAGACUUUGUGGUAUCUGGUCUGAAAGCAUUUGUUGAUGCCGAGCCGCAGAGCAAUUGCUGGUUGACGGAACUUCAUGCCGAUUGGAAUUUGUAUUUCUACGAAAUGUGCUCUUGAUGUGCUGUUGGUGUGAGCACCCGUCGUCCUGACCGGGAUUGUUGGACUUGUUGAGUAAGGUCUAUGGGAUUGUCCGACCUUUGUCCAAUGAGAUUGUGCUUUUGUGGAGUAACGUCUACGGGAUAGUUUGACCUUUGUGGAGCAAGGUCUUGAACGUGAGUUGUGUACAUAACUGAGGAGCAUAGGGCGACCAUUGUACAGUACUUGUCACAAAACAUCUCAGUUUCGUGAACCAUACGUACGGUGACGAGAAAUCCAAACCCACUGGGGGCUCUCUUCCAGCAGCUGCUACUUCCUGGAUAGUGUGUGCCGAGAAAGCUUUAUUUUGUAUAGUUGAGCGUUGGGAACCCAGUUAAUAUUUUGAAAACAAAGGGGUCUAUACAUAUAUAUAGGUCGGUCGUUGACGUUGUGUUGGUGUAUAAAAGAUGUUGAUUAUGCGUUGGACACAUGUAUAUGUAUAUAAAUGUUCAAUAAACUCGUGUUGCGGUUA